GAAUCGCUUUCAGGCCGCUAGCUUUCACGGGUAGAACCGUAAUCCAACUUCCGAACUUGUGGCUUGACCUUCCCGACCUCCAUUUUUAGCGGGAAACGUGUGAUUUGUGAAUAAUCAGGUCUCUGUAAAUUGGCUGUCGUCGAUCUUGGAGGGUGGCGAUUCUUUGCUUUGAUCAAGAGCGGGCGAGCUUUUGAUGUCGCAUUUGAUGUCAGGGCUAGGGUUUCGUUUGAUUUAAUUGAAGCCAGCGUGGUGGAUAUCUAGAUUUGAUGUAUGGGAUUACUGCGAAAUUGGUGCUCUGGAAUUGAAGAUUUCCGCUAGGGCAGCGGCAGGAUCCGAUUGCGUCGAGUCGGUGCAUGGAAUAACGACGCCUUGAGCGGAAUUGAUGGAGCCCAUGAUUCCUCGUUCUUGGUUGACGUCUUGCUCUGAAUUCUUCCAGGUUAAAGUCGGAUGGGCUACUAGGAUCUUGAAUUCACCAGUGGUCGACCAAAACUGAUCUUCCCUCAGCUGUCGCGGAAUUUGUUCUUGGCGAUUCAAUUCUUUGUUCCUGGUUCUUCGUUGACGCCUUGCGCUGAAUCAUUCCAGGAUAAGGUUGGAUGGGCUACUAGGAUAUUGAAUUCACCAGUGGUCGACCAAAACUGAUCUUCCAUCAGCUGUCGCAGAAUUUGUUCUUAGCGAUUCAAUUCUUUGUAUCUUCUCACUGGAAAAUGGAAGGCACAACUUCUAGCGAGCACCGCUCAUCUAUGGGUUCUCAUGUCUACAAUGACACGGUGGGAAACCAAGGGUUCAUCCCUCAGUUAUUUGCUUCUGUUCCAUCCAUCAGCGAUGCUUCUAUGUAUCUUGCACAAACAAGUUCAUAUUUAAGCAGUUGUUUCUGCAAUUUUGGUGAUGAUGGCUUGCCGAUUGAUGAUUGGGGUGAACAAGAACUGCUGCCACUAUCCCCUAUAGAGGAGAGAACAAACCUUUCUGCUGAUCUUGAGUCUACAACUGUCAGUUGUUCUACUUCUGAGCCUUCAUUUGGAUCUAGCCGUACUGUUUCCCUAUUCAAUGGAAGAGGGAGGGCACACACUGGAGCAUCUUUUGGCAAUACAACCGCAGCUGUUGAUACAUCUCGUAGUUCUGGGUCUUCCAUGUUUCAAAGUUUAGUUUCACGGGUGCAAAAGACUCUACGUGGAUCUUCUGAUGAUAUAGGUUGGUUGCAGCGAGAACCUGGAUUCCCACCAGUUGAAGAUGGUACAGGGAGAUUCAUGGAGUUACUUGAGGGUAUAAGAAAAGGAGAACACAAGCUACCGGACACUAUGGUCUAUUUGCUUAUUCCAGGUCUUUUUAGCAACCAUGGUCCCCUUUAUUUUGUUAACACCAAAGUUUCCUUUUCAAAGAUGGGACUUGCUUGUCAUAUUGCAAAGAUCCAUAGUGAGGCUUCGGUUGAGAAAAAUGCCAGAGAAAUAAAAUCAUACAUUGAGGAAAUUUAUUGGGGAUCCAAGAAGCGUGUUCUGCUCCUUGGACAUAGCAAAGGUGGAGUGGAUGCUGCGGCUGCAUUGUCUUUAUACUGGUCUGAUUUAAAGGACAAAGUUGCCGGUCUUGCUUUAGCACAGAGCCCAUACGGUGGCAGCCCAGUUGCUUCAGAUAUAUUGAGAGAAGGCCAGUUGGCAGAUGCUGAAGCACGGAAACUUAUGGAGCUAUUGAUUUGCAAAGUCAUCAAGGGCGAUAUGCGGGCAUUAGAGGACUUAACCUAUGAGAAGAGAAGAGAAUUUCUGAGGAAGCACAAAUUGCCCGAAGACCUGCCUGUCGUUUCAUUCCAUACAGAAGCUAGUAUUUCUCCGAGCGUCCUUGCUACAUUGUCACAUAUCGCCCAUGCAGAACUUCCUCGCUUUUCCUUGCCUGUUUUUAGGGCAGAAGCACCGGCUAAUGGUGAGUACACAAAGGUGCCUGUUAUCUUGCCUCUUGCUGCUGCAAUGGCUGCUUGUGCGCUGCUACUUCAGAUCCGGUAUGGCGAGAAGAGUGAUGGACUUGUGGCACGGAAGGAUGCAGAGGUUCCAGGUUCAGUUGUCGUCCGACCUGGGAAGAAAAUGGACCAUGGUUGGAUGGUCUACUCUCCCUUGAAGGAUGAUUCCAAUGAAGCUAGCGCGUCUCAGGUGUGUGAAGCAUUGCUUGCGUUGCUUGUUGAAGUUGGACAAAAAAGAAGGCAUGAAUCUGCAGCUAAAGAUGAUUGAAUACAAUGCCUAUAAUGCUGUGGCCCAUUUUUUUCUCGUGCAGCUAUAAAUAGCAGUAAAUAAUUCAAAUGGCAGUUAAGUGCAAGCCUUCUGCCCUUCUGUUUUUUUUCUUUUUCCUUUUGUUUUUAAUUCAUCCCUGUAUGGGGAAGAACACCUUUAUAGUCACCUUGUAGCUAUUAGCAAAAUCCGCCGUCUCUUGCAUAAUAAGCAUUCAAAAUUGGUCUUCA